AUGUCUUCUGAUGAAAACGAAAGUGUUCAUUCUGAUGCAGAUUUGAAUGAGGAACCUGUUAAUUCUGACGAUAAUUUGUCUGGGGGUGAAGAAGAUACAACUCAAGAUACUAUUGAUGAUCAAGAAGAUGACAACAAUUUUGAAAAGGAAAGAUCGCUUAAAAGAAAGGCAAUUGCAUCUGACGAAGAAGAUGAAGAAGAACAGGAUGAGGGUAAUGUUGAAGAGGAUGAGGAUCUAAGUUUUCGAACUCGUCGACCAAGAAAGAAAAGACAGCGGAGACCAAGGAAACGCCCAACAGCCCGUGAUUUUAUUCAAGACGACGUUGAGGUGGACGACGAUGAUGAAGACGAGGAUGACUAUGAUGGUGGAGAUGGUGAUGAACUUUUUGGUGUUGAUCCAAGUGAACGGGCUGAAGCUGAACGUUUCUUGAGAGAACAAGAAAAACUUAAGGAGAAGCGGCGGAAUAAAUACGCAGACAUGACAGAAGAAGAAAUGGAACGUUAUUUCCAAGAACGUCAUGCCGCUCAAGUAGCUACACAUCAAGGCGAACUUGAUGAAGAUGCUUAUGAUGAUAUUACUCAAAAUGGACUUUUACCUAGCACAAAAGACCCAAAUUUGUGGAUUGUUCGUUGCCGUCUUGGAGAAGAAAAAAAUACUUGUCUUCAAUUAAUGCGCAAAUUUCUUGCCUUUCAAAACACUGAAGAGCCGCUUCAAAUUAAAUCUGUUGUUGUAAAAGAAGGAUUGAAAGGAAUGAUUUAUAUUGAAGCUUUUAAAAAGGCACAUGUGGCUAAAGCUAUUGAAGGAAUUUCGGCUUUGAAUCAGUUUCAGAUAACGGUAUUCUUUUUUUAAUCUCAUUUGCCGUUAGGGUUGGUAUGUUUUGAUAUCCCGGCCUUUCUAUCUGGGUUUAUAAUUAGGGUUGUUGGUUCUGGACCGAUCUGUACCGAGGAUUUUUCAAUUCGGUCCAGGAUUUCGAACAUUCCGGCUCGGUCCCGGAUUUCCGAAAAUUUCGGGUUGGUUUCGGAUAUCCAAAGGAUAUCCAACCGCCAACCCUGUUUAUAGUUGUUUUAUGGUUAGAUUUGCAAGAGGGUUUGAUCUGAUAACCAUAUUAUAGUCCCAGGAAGCAACGGGACAUUAGGGGAAAGACUGACCGAUUUUUGCUCCCACUGCUCUUAAAAUGCCCAACCCAUGUCUUAUCCCUUGCCUGGCUACGCCUUCUGACGAUAUCAUUUUUUACUUCCGAUCCUGUUAAUUUUUUCGUUGAAGGCUCUUUCCUAUCCCACAAUGUCAAUUUAACAUU